AUGGCUCAGUCUGGACCCUCAUCAACACGGGCCCCAGGUAAUGGCGAUAGCGCCGCUGCCCCUGGUAGCCGCCGAAAGAAGGUCUAUGAAUAUUUCAGAGCCGCAAAUGAGCUGCGCCAGGCUUAUACCUCACAAUGGGCUGGGCAAAGGAAUGAGCACGACGAGGAUUACUACAAUACGCCCGGUGCGUUUCCAGACGUUGAGAUUGCACGGUCCGGCGACGAAGAGAUGGUGGUAUUUCCCAGCUAUGCUAGAAAAUUGUCACCAAAGAAGGGCGCCGACGCUAGCACACGUCCGCGACGUGACUCGUUAUCUGAAACUAUCGAUGAAUACCGGGGUGUGAACGAUGACGAUGGCCAGCUUUCUCCAUCCGCUUGGGAUGCAACGGAUAGUGAGGAUGCAGUUGUUGCUGUCGACGUGCGUGGCUGGAUCUACGCUCCUGGUCGGGGACCGAUGAGCCGGAAGCACCGAUUGAUGAUCGCCCUGGCCAGGAAGUUGAGUGGGAUUCCAGCACCUACCGGAUCAACAAAUGAUAGCGACGACAAGAUUCCGGGGAAAGGCGACGACGAAAUCAUCGACAAAGAGAUACAAACAUUGGUCGCCACCGCCGAGGAGGAAGGAGACCCGGCAUGGAAGGGCUCGAAAGAAGACCGGACACAACAACUACCUGCAUCAUUGAGUAAAGAUGAAUUGUCCGUGGCGAAUUCCCACCUAAUGGAAAGACUUCGUCCUUUCCUGACAAACCCUGUCGGGAACAUGCCAGUCACUGUUUUCUUCUUCAACGAUGAUGAGAGCAAGUCUCGGAACGUCGCGACAGAUGAAUCGGGUCAUUUCUCCCUUCGCGCAACACUUCCAUUUGUGCCAACCCACAUUCGGGUGCUGGCCUCUGAGGACCUCUCUGCCGCAAGGCCGAUUGAGAUUAUUGAUCCCGUUGGGAUCAGUUUGAUCAGUGAUAUCGAUGAUACAGUGAAGCACUCGGCUAUUGCCGGUGGAGCGAAAGAGAUGUUCCGGAACACCUUCAUUCGUGAGUUGGAUGAACUUACAGUUGAAGGUGUCAGCGACUGGUACACGAAACUAGCCAAGGAGGGUGUUCAAAUCCACUAUGUGUCGAAUGCUCCCUGGCAGCUUUACCCCCUUCUUGAGCGUUACUUCAAGAUGGUGGGAUUGCCUCCAGGCUCCUUCCAUCUCAAACGUUACUCGGGAAUGCUCCAAGGAAUCUUUGAGCCCACCGCGGAGAGAAAGCGUGGAGCAUUGGAACAGAUCCUGCGAGACUUCCCUGAACGCAAGUUCAUCCUAGUCGGUGACAGUGGCGAAGCUGAUCUGGAGGUCUACACGGAGAUUGUAUUGGCCAACCCUGGCCGGAUCCUAGGUAUCUUCAUUCGCGAUGUUACCACGACAGAGAACCACAAGUUCUUCGACAAAUCUGUCGGCCAUCUCGAUCCCUCUAAGCGCAGUCGCAGUUCGCCGAAUAUAGUGGACCUCCCAGAUGCCGCUCACAACAGACCGGCGCUACCACCUCGAAGUGGUACCACUGUUGAAUCAACAGUGCCCGUCGCAAAUCACGAACCAGACCCCAGAGAUCUCGACCUUGAAGACUUGAUUGAUCUCACAGAACUCAUCAUCGAUGACCAACCACCCCCAGCAGGGCUUACCCAUCCCGCGACACCCAGGCCGCGCCCGGCCAAACCAAAUAAACCAUCUGCGCUACGCAUGGUUUCUACGCCUGCCGAUCUGGCCAAGAGUUCCCAAUCCCCUUUGCGUCAGGCCGCUACACCUUCGAAUGCAUCGGAGACUGAGACCAAGCCGACGCCACAAGAGCCUCCCAAGCGCAAGCCAGUUCCUCCAGUGCCACCCAAGCGGGGCUCUGCACCCAAGACAGAAUCAUUGAUUGAUGCAGACCCUUCACCGUCAGUCUCUUCGAGCAGCACUGCGUCAUCGGCGAACGGACUACCGUCUUCGUGGCUCAAAGGACUUGAUGAGGGGUCUACAGGGGCUCAGAAUCAGUCACAAGCUGCUCGCGUCAAGCCAACACCUCCCCCGCCCCCUCCACGUCGUGCGAAUAAUGGGUCACCAUCAGCCAGUUCGAAUUCCAGCGCACCAGCCACGCCUCCUCGGGUUCCGGCUCCGGCUCCGGCUCCGGCUCCUGCCAGUGGCAUACAAUCGUACCCCGCUGCUGCUGCCCAGGCCGCAUACCAAGGAUUCCAAUACGCAACCGACCGACUCAAUCUAUCCGGAUCGUCCUCGGGGCUGAGAAGCUCUUCAUCCAAUCAAUCCCUUGGAAGGGUCAGUACCGAACCAGGCGUGCCGCCCGCACCGCUUCCAAACAAGCGUGAGGAACUAUGGCGACGUCGGUGGGAUCGUGCAAGUGAGGUGCUUGAGCAGCAUGGAGUCGUGCUGGGCAGUUGGCGGGUCGGAAACGAUGCGCAGCCUGUCUGUGCGUGGUUGAUCAAGGAAGCAAUGAAAGAUGCCAAGGCUGGAAAUCGGGGAGAUAACUAA